GGGCAGCGCCUGCGGGCGGGAGGGCGAGCGGCGGGGCUCGCCUGGCGCCGUCAUGAAGGAGUUGGCGGUGGCCGAGGGGGUUGAGGAGGUGUUGCGGGAUUAUCUGGCCUAUUACGCGGCCCGAGGGGCGGAGGGGGAGCUGGCGGUGUGCGAUGAGGCCUCCCUGAAGGCGAGAGCGCGACGGCUGUUGGGCCCGCGGCGGCGCGGCGCCCUGGACGUGCGCUGCAUGGCGGAGCGGUGCCGGGGGGCCCGCGGAGAGCGGGGCGGCAGCGUCCUCAGCGACCUGUGCAAGGCGCUGGAGGUGCUGGAGUUGCUCUGCGUAAACCUGCUGCUCUCCCCGUGGCGGAAAGAGAUCAGGUCGCUGAAGACAUUCACCGGCAAUUUUGUCUACUAUAUUCAAUCUGUGCUCCCAGAUGACAUUGUAAAAACAGUACUGGAGAAAAUAGGUUACAUUGCAACAACAGCAACAGAGUUUUCACUUGUCAGAAAGAGAAACAAUGAAGAAACGAAGCAGACUGCAUUUGAAAUAUUCCUGGCAAGAAUUGAGUGUGAAACCAUCCUCGAAAUGACAAAUGAAGAAAAACAUGGCAAUUUGGAGGGGACCUUACAGAAGAGAACACAAAUGCACCAGCAUCAUAGAAAUAAAGACAAAGAGGAUCAGACACCCCAGAGAGAAGACACUGAAAAUCUAGAAAAUAAAGAAAACAGUGAGACAUCUUUGUGCCUUGCUACUCAACAGAAAUCUUCAUCUACUAGUGAUACAUCCUUUGAAGCUGCUGGGAAUCUGAAGAUCAAAGAUGAUGUGCCUCAGUUAGCAGUUGCUCAAUCCACUAACAGGCUUCUGGAACACCAAAGACAAAUCAUUAACACUGUACAUUUGCCAGGCAAAUGCUCAGACAGCGAGGACUUCUUGAUCAAAUACAGUGACAUCGUGAUAAGACAAACACCUGUUUUCAAUGAGAAUCUUUCCCCAAAAGCUUUUGAAAAAAAGCCAAGAGCCAGUCUAAGUGAAGAAUGUGUUCUGGCAGGCACUGCAGAGUCAACUGCAAAUGAGGUCAGGCCUGUGCCACUCUCACCAGGAGCAAGCGGUCCACCAGCCUUUGCAAUAUUUGCUGACAGCUCUUGUGACAGUAAAACCACUUUGGAGUACCAAGCUGAAGAAGUCCCUGAAGGAUCAAUUGAAGCAGAAAUUAAUGAUGCCAUAAAUUGCAUAGACCCGGACCCUGCAGAUGAACCCAAUGAGCUGAAGUCUCUGCCAUACAAGGACAUUGCAUCUGUCAAAAACUGCAGUGUCCCUAGGGAAGAGGAAAUUUGUGAGCUGUCUUUAACCUUCACAAAACUACAAAUCAAGGACACUCAGGAAGACCUUAUGUAUCCAGUAGAGGAAACUGAACAACCUGGGUCAGUAUCAUCUGCAAGUACAAGUGACAGGCAUGUAAGAGAAUUUAAUAACUCCAAAAUAAACCAUACAUAUAUGACUAAUGCUCAGAUGCAGAAGAGAGCAGCUGCACAUACUGAGCCAUCUUCAGAUCUAUGCUGUGCUACUGGGAAUGUGGAGGAUUCCACUAAUGGUUCUGAUAGCAAAAGACUAUUAAUGGAUACUCCUAAUGCACAUACAGCUUCUGCGUGCUUCAGACACAUUAGAGAGCCCCCUAACCUCACCUACAUUCCACCACAAAGUAUUGAUGUUCAGUCUUCACGCAUAAGAAGGACCAGCACAGAGGCCAGAAGGAACCUCUUGCAGCCUGAAUGUGACUCUCCCAAAUCCAGUGAAGUAAAGCUGGAGAACUGUAAUUCAAAAGGAAAUGAAAUCCAGGAGCCUUAUGUCAUUAUUGACAAAACCGACCAAGGAAUGUUAUGCCAUCACACUUGAGUCUCCAGUGCUCCUGUUUGUAAUCUGCCUGGGUUUUUUUCCUCUCACUUGUGGCCUUGAUCAUCUUUUCAAAGAGCUAAUUGGCUUUGUGAAAACAGUUUUACGGACCUAUUUCUGAAGUAUUCUUCAAGUAUAGCAUGCUGUACAAUGAUAGAAACAGCUGAGAGUUUCUAAGCUGCAAGACCCACUUUAUAGCUUUACAAAUGCUAUACUGGAGUGUACUUCUGUUAACUCAUUACACUCGCAUGAAGCUGUGCUCUGAGCUAAUUAUGUUCCUGUUUUCAGUUGAAAACAAGUUCAUAAAGUUCUGUAACAUUCUUUUAGGUUUAAAGAAGGAAACAACCCUAUGAACACUUCCAGUUUUCUAGAGGAAAUAACCUGUAUUGCAGGUUUUAUACUUGUCUCUACUCAUUACCAAAAUGUUUUGUGGCUACCACCACAAAAGUCAGAAGCACUGAGCAUCGUAGUUGUUCACUGCUACUAGAAGAAGGAGAUCCAGCUACUGCUGUCACUUCCUUCACCUCUGUUCCUGCCGCCUCGUUCUGCACCAGCUCUAGAUUUCACUUCUCUGUAACUGGACUUUUCUGUAAGCCAGUUCAUUUUGCUGACAUGAAGGGGGAAAACUGCUAUUCUCUGCCAUUUUAGUGGCAGGAAAAAAAUGAGAUCAGAGAAGGGUCCCAGUGAGUAUUAGUGCUGGGAUAAGGGCUAUCCUUAGGUGGGAGUGCUGUGUGAAAAGCAUUGUGCUGAGAAGGAAAGGAAGCAGGAGUAUUAGAUCAGAUCAGCUGUAAGCUGGAGUCUCAGCACUGAGAACCUGUCAUACACCACAUUUAAUUAAGUUCAGAAAAGCACACAGUCACUGGUACUGUAUUUCUGCACAGUCUUCAAUGUGUGUUUAUACACUUCCUACCUAGAAAGACAGUUUAAUACUGCUUGAAAUAACUUCCAGUAGCACUUCAAUGCUUAAAAUGUUUUGUUUCAUGUAUAAUUAGCUGAAAUUGUUUAUAAUUGACUUUAAUCCCCCAGAAAUUCAAAGAGGAGCACAUGGGUUACACUAGAAAAAACACAGGAGCUAAGAAUUAAAGCUCUGCUUUUUGAACAACUAAUUGUUGAGGUUCCCUCACCACCUGAUUCCAGCAGUGGAGGAGGAAUAAAAUUUUGACCAAACUAACAUCAAGUGACAGGACUGCCUUCAGCUUUGGGUGAGGUUGGGAGAAACAGGUAUUAUGAACAUGGACAUACAAAUUAGUACUUCUGUACUGGGUCUGGCUAGGAUUGACAUAACUUUCUUCGUAGCAGCCCUUGGAGUGGUAUGUUCAGAAUUUGUGGCUAAAAUUGUUGAUAAUACACCAGCGUUCUGGCUGUUGCUGAGGAGUGCUUGCAGUGUCACAGUCUUCUAACUAUACCCUGUGAUGAGUAACCGGGAGAGGACCCAGCUGAGCUGAACUAGCCAAAGGGAUACACCAUACCGUAUAACAUCGUGCUCAGCAGUAAAACUGGGGUGGCAAAAGAAGGUGGGGGUUUUCUCUACCAAGAUGGCCAUUGCUGAGAGACUGGCAGGGCACCUGUCUACUUGUGUCUGGUGGUAAGUUACUGCCAUUGCAUCACUUGGGGUUUUUUUCUCCCUCUUUCCUUUGGUUCUUAAAUCUCUAUCUCAACUGAAAAGCUUUCUUGCUUUUGUUCUUCCUAGUCUCCCCUAUCCUGUUGGGGAAGGAGGGAGCAAGCAGCCUCCGAGCAAUUCAUUCAAGAAACUAUCUGUUCUUCCUAUUUUGGUUUUAUAAAGCUGUAUUUUCUCCCUGUGGGGGUUAUUAAAAUUUUGUGGUUUAAUUAAGUGUCUACCUUUAUAGGAAGAGCUACUAUGCACUUAAGUCUUCUGGAUAUUUUCAUGUGAGUUUGUUAUACACAGAAUCACAGAAUGGUUUGGGUUGGAAUGGACUUUUAAGAUCAUCUACUUCCACUCCCCUGCUGCUAUGGGCAGGGAUGCCUCACACACUCAAGCCCUGUCCCGCCUGGCCUUGAACACAGGGAUGGGGUAGCUACAGCUUCUCUGGGCACCCUGUUCUAGUGCCUCACUAUCCUCACAGUAAAAAAUUUCUUCCUUGCUGCUAGAAAACUUCUCUUCUUGUACAAAUGGUAGAAUUUUGAGGUCUUGUAUUAGAAACUACUGUUGCAUUAGCAACUGAUACAUAGUUAAAGCUGAAGAAUGAAGAAAAGGAAUCUGAAAACCAGCUGAAGCAAAAGAUAAGUCAUACUUACAGGCAGCAGUCCUUUGUGCAGCUGCUUCCACAUGAGUGGCAGGUUUAAAAUCCUAGUUGUAAAGACAGACAGACCUGAGAAGAGGGACAGGCAAAAAGGACCAUAAGAUUUCUGACCUGCCAGUGCCCUCCUGUCCCUGUUGGUAGUAAACACUGCACCUCUCCUUGGCUAAUUAACUUAAGUAAGAGUAGCCACUUAGGCAGUGCUGCUAGACAGCAAGAGGGCUGCCUGGGGCCCUUUCUAAAGGAAGGUGGUUUGUGUUUCUAAAAUAUGUGUCUAUCCUCUGGUGAGCUGUCAACUUCAAUUGUGCUACAGCUGGUCCUGAUUGUCUGAAUUGAAUGAGGAUUUACUGACUGAUUGGAUGCCUUUCCAUCACAGAGACUCUGGGCCAAUUCUGUUCCAAACGUGUGUGCUACACACAACCACUCUGAAUGGCUCAGAUCUCCCAAGCAUUGGAUUAGAGUAAUUCUCUUUCAAUGAGUGUAGAUACAGAGCUCAGGCAGCACACCUGGUAGCUGGGUGAUAGUCACUCACAACCUCUCCCUCCUGGGUCUCUUGCAAUAGUAAUUUUUCUUCCCCUUAACAUUCAUAUCACACAUAGACCUUCGCCCUAUCUGGACUUGUCCUUAGGACGCUCAAGGAGCAAAGCUUCGUUUUAGAGCAAACUUUGUUGUUUUUAAGGCCAAGAAUGAAAACCAAAUUUCAGCAUUAAGACAGAAAACAAACAAGACAGAAAAAGACAUAAGACUAUAUUUCUCUUUAGUAAUGCCACUCAAUUAGUAGGAACUAAUGUACUAACUGCUAGGUUUUGUUCUGAAGCUAAACUUUCCAUCUUCAGAAAAGGCCCGUAACUUUCAGCCCCCUCAAAUGCUGGGGUGGAAAAACCACCACCACAAUUCUCACCCAAUUUUAUCCAGCUUUAGAAAUGCACUAUGUUUACUUAAACCUCCCACAUUACAGGAAGGACUGGAUUCUCCAAGUCAUGAAACAGGACAGUAACUUGCUAGAACAGCCAUUAUUCAGGAGAGUUACGAGACCUUAGGUCUGAAUCUUUAGUAGCAACUGACAUUAGAUUACCCAGCACUUCCUACUCUCUCUGCAGGAGGAGGUGCACUGAAGAGAGAUGCUGGAUUGUUCCCUGGUGUUGGCAGUAGUCUGUGUGGUAAUUAUACUGGUGAAAAAACAAUUUUCAAGGUUUCUCAUGACCUAUAGUUUUGGACUAUAUAACUUCUGAAAAGUUUAAUUAAACAAGGAAGAUUUCCUGAACCUGCUUCUCAUGCUGGAAGAAAGGACACGAAAGGCCAGGCUAAGACAGUGCAAAUAUUAAAUAUUAUCAUUUUUGCCAGUCUCUCUAUCUUACUUCAGAUCAGUUCAUAUACUGCUCCCAGAUGUUACUCAUCUGGUAAGACGCCCUGACCGGGACAAAGUCUGGAGAAAACAUCAUCUGUUCAGACUUAAGUAUGUAAUAAAGAAAAGGCAAUACAGGAGGAGAUAACCACUUUUCACACAUUGCAGUUGAGAUGUGGAACUCAUUGUGACAGAAGUAAUUAAAACCCACAAUUUUUACUCAUCUCAAGUAUUCCUACAGUAUACUCCAGAACAGCCAAAAUGCAUGCAAAACCAGUUAUUUGUGGCUCAGUCCACAAGCAUAAGCUACAUCCAAACUACAGACUAAAUUGUAAGAGCAAACAGCAGUAGUGAGUUGUUUAUAUUCUAUGAUCCAUUCCACUGGUAAUGAAGGUCAAUCUGCCUACAGAAACGAGUACUUUUGCAACAUGCUACCCCAUCUUCUUAGUUACAAAAGAAACAAAAUACGUAUCAGACUAAUGCUGAUUGCCCUUUUUUCCCCUCUUGUCAUCAAUCGAGAGAUUUCAAGAUGGAAAAGCAAAUACAUUCCAGAUUCCAGGUUUAAAAACAGCUACUUACGAUUACUGAAGUAUUUUUAUCUAUACAUCUAUAGCAGAUUGCAAACAUUUUACAUUUAUGACACAUAACAAGCAACCUGUUUGGUUUUGUUCCCAGUUUUCAUUAAAUACCCCAACCUUCCUGAACAUGAAAAUCUAUACACAAAAAUAAUAGAUAGCAAAACAAAAUAAACGUGCUCUCUGUAGCCAUCACAUCUGUAUUUUUAAUAAAUAAUUUACAUAAAUGAGUCCUCUAUGUUCCAUUAUAGCUGUGAAUAUCAGUAACCUCCAUCCAAACUACUGGUUUGAUAUAAUAAAGGGGAGCGGGGGAUCUGACAAAAAAGCAUAAAGGUAACAGUGACAUUCUUUGUACUAUAAGAUUCUCUGUACAAAACAAUUGAACUGUUUGCAAAAUAUACAUCCUAGGCUAAUACAACCCAUAAUGAAAUUACAAUUAGGAACAAACUGCAGGUGACUGAACUUCAAAUUUAUAAAACUAUUUCCAAAGAAAUAGUUCUUUUGGUCACUUACAGAAGAAAAAAUGCUGAAAGUUUGACAGAAGGUUCAAAGAAUGACUAGUAUCCUCCUAACAAAUAAGCUUCAAUAAGAUAAUUACUUAACACACAAAAUCUUAUGUUUAAGCUAGAAUUCUAAAGAUUUACAACAGAACACUAGAAUGGCAGUACUUGGUUCACAAGCUUUAGUAUACUAAUUUAGUACUUCACUAGGAAAUGCUGUCUCAGUGCUCUAGUCGUUAUUAAGUUGUACAGAUUUGGGGGAGGGAAAAAUGGAAAUAUGGAAAUGAGACAUUAACUGCAUUUCCUGACUCGGAAAACGGUGCAGUCAUUUCAAGACAAUGCUUUUUAGGCAUAUCACAAAACCAGCCAUCACACAACUAAAAUAAAAGCAGUGAAGUGAUUUCCGAAAGUGACACCAUCAGAUACUGUUCAAAAUCAGGUGGAACAGGGAAAAGCCAAGUAACUGAAAAUUUGUAUUCUCCAACAAGUUACAGACAAAUGUCCACAGUCAGUUAGUACUUUGAUCACUUAAGUCCUGGAUGUUAGCCAUUCACUGGAUGUAGAAGCAUUCACUACAAAGGCAUGACAGAUGCUCAACUGUGUGUUUUUAAGCACUGCUAACCAUGGUUGCUCCAGUUAAACCAACCAAAACUAUUACAGAAAAAAAUACACACAUAUAUACUGUACUACAGGAAUCAUUACCCUCAAACAGAAAAAGUAACAUGAAAACAGAACUGCUGCAUUAAAAGGAUUAUCUUGAAGACAACACUGACAAGGUUAAACAGAAAUUAAGGGCAACUAAACACUUCAGCUAACAGGAAAUCCCCGGUAUUUUUCCCUACUGUCCAAAUACCUGUAAGUCACAAUAAAAUGAUCAAGAUAUAAAUGCAAA